UCGGGAACUCGUUAAAUGUUCGAGUGGUCCACCAGGUGGAAAUGUGGCCGAGGUCCGGGUUCAGUCUGUAAAAUCGAACCGAGACUCCGGCUGGCCAAGGUGAGAUCACGGGCUUAGUGGGCACGGUGGGGCCAGGGGCCCAGCCAGGGGACGACACGACAUAAAGCCCACGACCCAAAAUCCAGGGCGCGACUCAAGUCUAACGGCGCCGCUACAGCAAAGCCUGGAUAGCCCAAUAUGUCACGUAUCGUAAAGCAGUUCAGGGCGGCCUUCCCGCCGAAGCCCGACUUCACCGAGUCCCACGUGGGGAACCUGACAGGCAAGGUCUACAUCGUCACGGGCUCCAACACAGGCGUCGGCUUCGAACUAGCCAAGAUCCUGUACGGCGCCGGCGGCACCGUCUACGUCGCGGGGCGGUCCGACGAAAAGUGCAAGGCGGCCGUGGGUGCCAUCGAGGCGGCGCACCCGGCGUCGGCGGGCCGGGCCGCGUUCCUGCGCCUGGACCUGGCGGACCUGCGCGCCGUCAAGGCCGCCGCGGCCGAGUUCCUGGCGGCCGAGGCGCGGCUCGACGUGCUCUUCAACAACGCAGGCGUCAUGAUGCCGCCGACGGACCGCAAGACGGCGCAGGGGCUCGACCUGCAGCUCGGCACCAACUGCGUCGGCCACUUCCUGCUGACGAAGCUCUUGACGCCGGUCCUCGCCGCCACGGCCGCGUCGCCGUCGGCCAAGGCCGGAUCCGUCCGCGUCGUCUGGGUCUCGUCGUCGACCGCCGAGCUGAUGAGCCCCAGGCCGGGCGGGCUGGACGUCGAGAACCUCGACUAUAAAAAGAAGAACGAACGGACCGAGGUCCGGUACGGCAUCAGCAAGGCCGGCAACUACCUGCACGCGGUCGAGUUUGCGAGCCGCCUCAGGAGGCAGGGCGUCGUCUCGGUGCCCCUCAACCCGGGCAACCUUGAGACGGAGCUGACGAGGCACCUAGGCAGCGUGGUGACAAAGGUGCUCAACCGGACGCUCCAUCACCCGCCCGUCUACGGCGCCUACACGGAGCUGUGGGCCGGCCUGAGCCCCGAGGUCGGGCUCGAGCAGUCUGGGCAGUGGGUGGCACCCUGGGGUCGCUUCGAGACCAUCAGGGACGACAUUGCCCAGGCGACCAAGCACGUGGAAGAGGGUGGCACCGGGAUCGGGCUCAAGUUUUGGGAAUGGACAGAAGAGCAGGUCAAGCCGUACUUGUAGUGCUUUGUGCAUAGAACACACGAUUGGGCCAAGUCUAAAUGUUGAUGCAGCCCAUGAAAUGGUUAUGUGUAUCUAGAGAAAAACUGUUAUCCGUUAAGACGUGACAGUUUGGGUGAAUAACAAGAUACGACCUGGUCCAGUGGGCUGGACGGAGGGAGUGCCGACCGAUGGCUCUGAUGGGAUGAAGAGAUGGGGCAGUAAUUUACUUUAGGAAUGCUCAGCAUGCUUCUACCAGCGCCUGAUAGAGCCCCCGAUCAACCAGGUAGUGCAAUCUCGGUCGAACUGCCCAGGGGUUACACGACAAACCCGAAUCUAAGAACACAUGGCCAA